AUGGCGACCGCAGCGUCUAACCACUACAACAUCCUCACCUCCAGCGCAUCCAUCGUGCACUCGGAGCCCGGCAGCAUGCAGCAAGCCACGGCGUACCGGGACGCGCAGAGCCUGUUGCAGAGCGACUACCCGCUGCAGAGCAACAGCCACGCGCUCAGCCACGCACACCAAUGGAUCACGGCGCUGUCCCACGGAGAGGGAGCCCCGUGGUCCUCCAGCCCGCUCGGCGCGGAGCAGGACAUCAAACCCGCGGUGCAGGGCGCCCGGGACGAGAUGCACAACUCCAGCAACAACCUGCAGCACCAGUCGCGGGCGCCCCACCUGGUGCACCAGACGCACGGGAACCACCACGACGGACGGGCGUGGAGGACCACCACCGCGGCUCACAUACCGAGCAUGGCCACGACGAACGGCCAAAGCCUUAUUUACUCCCAGUCGGGCUUCAGUGUAAACGGACUGAUCCCGGGCAGCGGGCAAGGGAUGCACCACCACAACCUAAGAGACAGCCAUGACGACCACCACAGCCCGCACCUCAGCGAACACGGCCACCCUCCGUCCCAGCAUCAGCACCAGCACCGAUCGCAGAGCCACCACGACCACUCGGACGAGGAUGCGCCGACCUCGGACGACCUGGAGCAGUUCGCCAAGCAGUUCAAACAGCGGAGGAUCAAGCUGGGCUUCACGCAGGCGGACGUGGGACUCGCCCUGGGGACCCUGUACGGAAAUGUGUUUUCCCAAACCACCAUAUGCAGGUUUGAGGCCCUGCAGCUCAGCUUCAAAAACAUGUGUAAGCUGAAGCCUCUGUUGAACAAGUGGUUGGAGGAGGCGGACUCCACCUCGGGCAGCCCGACCAGCCUGGACAAAAUCGCGGCGCAGGGGAGGAAACGGAAAAAACGGACUUCAAUCGAGGUUAGCGUAAAGGGAGCUUUGGAGAGCCAUUUUUUGAAGUCCCCCAAACCGGCAGCGUCGGAAAUACUCGGCCUGGCGGACAGUCUGCAGCUGGAGAAAGAAGUGGUGAGGGUUUGGUUUUGUAACAGGAGACAGAAGGAGAAACGCAUGACCCCUCCCGGAGGAGCUCUGCCUGGGAGCGAGGAUGUGUACGGGGACACGCCGCCGCACCACGGGGUCCAGACCCCGGUCCAAUGA